UUGACGUCAUAUUGGUGGCAGUGUAGUGAAUUCUAACUUCUCUGGGUCCACCCCUCUUCCAUCGUUCCUUGGAUGCGAACUUUUCUGGAUUUCAGUUCCUUAAACCUGGGUCCUGCCAGCGUCCUCAAUGGCCAACUGAAAGGGAAACGCGCAGAUAAGCAGACCGCAGGUUACAUUUCUGCGCAUGUGCAGUGACCGGAGCGGAGACAGCCGGGGUGUGGCCGGAGGCGGGGAUUCCGGGCGUGAACUCCGCUUGCUCGGUGCCACCGCGGCCGGGAGGCGACUGGAGUAUGUCAGCCCCGUUUGAGGAGCGCAGUGGGGUGGUUCCGUGCGGAACGCCGUGGGGCCAGUGGUACCAGACCUUGGAGGAGGUGUUCAUUGAAGUUCAGGUGCCGCCAGGCACUCGCGCCCAGGAUAUCCAGUGCGGCCUGCAGAGCCGGCAUGUGGCGCUGGCCGUGGGUGGCCGCGAGAUCCUCAAGGGCAAACUCUUUGACUCUACAAUAGCCGAUGAAGGGACAUGGACUCUGGAGGAUAGAAAAAUGGUCCGUAUUGUUCUUACAAAGACAAAGAGAGAUGCAGCAAAUUGUUGGACUUCUCUUCUAGAAUCUGAUUAUGCAGCUGACCCUUGGGUGCAAGACCAAAUGCAGAGAAAACUUACAUUAGAGAGAUUCCAGAAAGAAAAUCCUGGUUUUGACUUCAGUGGAGCAGAAAUCUCAGGAAACUACACUAAAGGUGGACCAGAUUUCUCGAAUCUUGAGAAAUAACUGUGAUCUUCUUGCUGCAUUUUGUGGAUCCUAGCAGAUAUUGCCAACUUAAUCAGAUAACAGAUUAUGUGGUGGAAGAAAAAUGUGGAUGCCUAGUUAACAAAUUGCAAAAUACAUUUAAAUAUGGUUCUAAAAAUUGCAUUCAAAUAUGAUUUACAUAGGAAACAUCUUAAAUACUGUGGGAACUAUUCUAUUGAUACAUGGUAACUUUUCUUUUGGACUUGUUUUUGCUCAGCAUGACAUUUUAUAUGCUGCACUUUACUAAUUUCAUAUUUAGCCUGUAUUUUUAAUACAAAAAGUUUUAGGGUAUAGAUCAUGUAAAAUGACAGGGUGCCUUCAGGGAAAAUUAAGUUUUUCUUUCAAUAACUGUGAUGCAGGAAUAAUGUUCAAUAAAUUUUUCUAAAUAGGAAUUGUGUAACCCUUUGUCUAAGUGUACCAGUUCACACAAGAAAAUUGUAUUACUGAAAAAAAUUUUCAGAAAGGAAAAAAUACUUCAUGAAUAUAUUCUGAGUAAGUUAAUUUUAAGAGUUACUGAAAAUUUCUGAAUUAGUAUAUUAUUCUUUAAGAGAUAGCCUUUAUGUCAAGAAAUUGAAAAGUCACUAAAAACAUAUCAAUAAGAAUAGACUAAUGCAAAAGAGAAACACUGAAGCAAAUUUGGUUAUUGGUGAAUUCUUUGUUAGUGAUAAGAAACACAGUCAAUGAGUAUAACUCAGUGACAUCAUUUUGAUCUUCAUUGAUCCAGGCAUAUAGGUAAGAAUUGUCUUGAAAUUUUCUUUCAUCCUUUUUAUAUCCUUCUAAUUUUAAGUAUUUUGAAUAGUCUCAAAUGUAUAGAGAAGUUACAAGUAAAGCACACGGAAUUGUUUUCUUCCUGAUUCCUCAGGUUUGUGUGUAAGUUGAUAACAUGAUGCCCCAUCACCUCUGAGUACUUUAGUGUGUAUUUCCUUCAAAGGACACGCUCCUACAUAGCUUCAAAUACAACCAUUAAAAUCAGGAAAUUAGCACUGACACAUUAUGACCACCUAAUUCUGGACGUUUAUUCUAUUCAAGUUUGCUUAUUGUAGCAGUAAUGUUCUUUGUAGCAAAAGGAUCCAGUCAGAAUCACGCCUUGCUUUUAUUUUUUUGGUUGUACUGCACCACUUGUGGGAUCUUAGUUCCCUGACUAGGGAUUGAACCCAGGCUCCCAGCAGUGAAAGUAAUGAAUCCUAACCACUGGACUGCCAGGGAAUUCCCGAUUCCCCGCCUUUUGCUAUCAUGGGUCUUUAGUAUGCUUCAGAUUGGAAAAAGUCUUCAUAUUAACCUUGACUUUUAUAGCCAUGACACUUUCGAAGAUCAUAGGCUAGUUUUGUACAACAUCUAUUAUGGUGUGUUUUGUCUGAUAUUUCUACACGAUGAGAAUCAGGUUAUGAAUCUUUGACAGACCGUUGCAGAAGUGAUACUGUGUUCUUACUGCAUCCUAUCACAAGUUACUGGUUACAGUUCGCCCUUUUUCUGAUAGUGUUUACUGUUGGCCUGCCAUAUUGGUGGUUUUCAGAUUCUCAGAUUCAAUCAACCAAGGAUAGAAAAUAGAAAAAAAGAAAAAAGAUGUGCAGAAGCUUCCAAAUAGCAAAACUUGAAUUUGCCUUGCAACAGGAAACUAGUUACAUAGCAUUUAUGUUGUGUUUACAACUAUUUACCUAGUAUUUACAUUGUAUUUUAUUAGGUAUUAUAACGAGGUGAUUUACAGUAUCGGGGAGGAUGUGGGUAGAUUAUAUGCAGGUAAUAUGCAAACAUUAUGUCAUAUUGAGCAUCUGUGGAUUUUGAUGUCUGAGGGCAUUGCUGGCACUAAUAACUGUGGAAGCUGAGGGACAGCUGUACUUAGAUCAUUGAUGAAGUGGUUUCUGUCCAUCUUCUCACUGCAAAGCCAUUCUUUCAUGCUUGUGACUAAAUGUUGUGUGAUGUAGUUUCCAAGUACUACCUUGUUUCUCAUCAAGCUUUCAAUUUAUGUCAUGUAAUACACACUCAUUAUUUCCACUUUGUUCAUUGGGCAAAAAUCUAUUAUUUGCAUUACUUUGACCCUCAAGAUUUUUCUAGAUUUGGCCAGUGGAAAUUCCUUGUAGAUGGCUUUUAUGUCCUUUUUUUUUUUUUUUUAGUCAUAAAACCAAUUUAAUUGAAGCUAUAAAAAGAGGCAAUACACUUGA